AUGCAAAAUGUAGCAGAUUUCCAUUCAGUAGACGCAGAAACGUACUUAAUCAAAACGGGUUUCUUUGAAGAUCUAAAUCCAAAGGCUGAUACAACAGAACAUGUAUUUUCAACGAUCACGUUGGAAAAUCCAGCUUUAAUCAGCUCUUCUAGUGAGCUUUUUGAAAAGACUAUGACUGAAGAACAAGCUGUGCUUCGUUCGCUAGAAGAGGAGCUGCAAAAUAUCGAGUGGGAAUUGCCUUUUCCAACGAGUAGUAAUCCAGCCAAGGCGGCUACACUGGAUAAUCCAAAACACUUCAUCAGCAGUGAUCGGGACGAUCUGCUGAACGAUAGCGAUCAACAAGAAAACUAUAGUCAAAAUCAACACGAAGUGGUCAAGAUCGGAGAGACUCCAACGGCCGAAAAUGAUGUACUGUACAAAAAUCCACAUGGAUCACUACUGGAACAACAAUUAUUUAUAAAGCAAAUAGAUGAAACUGAAUCAAUGAAUCAUAAUCUUUCCAUAAAUGAUAUAUCAGUAGGAACGACAGGAAUCGAGAAAAAUCCUACUGAUAAGUGUAAACCUACCAAAGUAAUCAAGUCAUCAGAUAUUCCACUGACAUCCACCUUUCACGAAAGUGGUCAGUCAGUAUUAAUAUCUAAUGCGAAACCGAUGGUAAUAUCAGUCGCUCCAUGUCCAUAUCAGCGUGCUCGAUAUGUAGACGAAUGUUCAAACGCUAAUAGACACAUCUUUGUACCUUGGGAUGGAAUUUUUACACUCAUUAUCCCCGAUCUACGUUCAAGUUUACCGGCAGGUGUCACUGUCUGGUUGCGCAUCACUCGUAUUACACUAAAACAUGGUACAAGUGGCCUCAUUUUAGUUCAUCCAUAUCCAAUAUGGAUUAAUAAUGAUUAUGCCAAAGUUCAUGAUGGUUCAUUGUAUAUUCCAGUCACCGAACAAGAUAUGGCAAAUGGUUUCAUCAAGUAA